ACCACUCGCCAAAUCAUCGAGCUGCUGGGGCUGAACUGGAAAAAAAAACACACACGCACAAGUGGAGGGGGGGUGAGGAAAGCAGGUUAGAGGGACUGAAAGGAGGAGAGGAGGGGGGAGAAAAACAAUAACAACAACGGCAAGGGAUUAGGCAUCGACCGAGCAAUCAGGAAGUCCAUUUAGGACAAAGCAGUGUCAAAAAUCCUCCCAGACCUCAGUCGUCAUCAUCAGAGCCGAGCUGCCAGUCCGAUUGGACAGCUGCUCGAGAUCUAUGGGUGGGAAAGAAAAAUGGAAGCACACAAAGGAGGAAUGAAAUAAAACAGGUGAGAAGGGAGAAGCGGCUCUGGGACGAUGGCUGUGAUGUGUCACUCCUGUCGAUGAGCGAGACGAGGUGAGGUGGCCGGAGUGAUGCCUGGGGCGUAGAAACAGAGAGAGAGGAGCAUCGCUGGACAUGAAGAGCAUGCGUCAGCACUAAGACUGGGUGAACAGGAGAGAGAGAGAGAGAGAGACGGUGACAGCAGAGAUGAGAGAGGCAGAGCAGGAGAGAGAUUGAGGCUAGAGGUUGAUGGGACGAUACAAAUAAAGCCUGCCGGAUUUGUCACCUUCUGUGCCACACCUUGGCUGCAUCAUCCUUCUUCACUGCAGCAGCUCUGAGGACCAACAGAAGGUAUUUCCUCUCUACUGAACAAUACAAUCAGUGUAUUAGUGCGGAUUGAUCAGAUUCACACCCCAGAUGCUUCCUGAAGACUAAACCCUUCAACACCCUAAAAGGACAAACUGUACUUCUUUUAACAAGCAGAUUUUCUUCUGUAUUUCCCCCAUAGAGGAACACUUCCUGCCUGCACACAACAAUGCAAGAAUUGAGACUGUUUUCAUUCUGCACUGAGAAUUAUUGUCUGCACACUGCCAGAGGAAUUCAUUUCUAAAAAAGAAACUGUUUCCAUUAAGAUAAGCACCUGUGUUUCUGCAGACUGGGUGAAAAUGUGUAACUCUUUGUCUGGCCAUUUGCACCGAAUGCUGACUCGACCCAAAUGACGAAGACAAUGAAGGUGGACGCCAAAGAGCAACAGCGUAGUUAGAUGAAUUCUCAGACAUAUUGUGCCGAGCUAUGUGAGAUAAUGCAGCACCGUUCUGUGGAGAAUACAGCACUCGUCUUCCGAAUGGCAGCGUGGACCCUGAAGCGAGCUGACUGACCAACUGACUGACUGACUGACUAAGUGCGUGGGUUGCUUUGGGACUGGAGCGGCGAGGACUCUGAGGACACGUAGCCCCAGGCAGCUACCGGCCGGGUGUUGCAGCCCCGCAAUGGGGGAGACGGCGGAAUACCAGAGACUGCAGGAGACGUCAGAAUGUGACUACCAACGUCUGCCCAGCGAUGACGAAGAGAAACUGGGCAGUAGCAUGCAGUGUGAGGAAGGAACAGAAUGGCUGCUGGAGCUGCUGAUGGAGGUGCAGCUGCAGCAGUACUUCCUGCGGAUCCGAGAUGACCUUAACGUCACGCGGCUGUCACAUUUCGACUACGUCAAGAAUGAAGACCUGGAGAAAAUCGGCAUGGGUCGACCUGGGCAGCGACGGCUGUGGGAGGCUGUGAAAAGGAGGAAAACCAUGUGCAAGCGCAAGUCCUGGAUGAGCAAGGUGUUUAGUGGUAAACGUCCAGAUGGAGGAGAUUUCCCCCAGCAGGGCCAACCAGCGUCUUCGUUUCGUAAACUCUCUCCCACGCCUCCCCUGGGUCUGGAGGAGGGAGUCCUGAGCACUCAGCCCAGCGGCGGUGCUCCUCUUGAUGGGCAGCAGCAGCAGGCUCUGACCUGCCUCAUCCCAGAGAAGGACUUGACGCUGUUUGAGAAGCUCGGAGACGGAUCCUUUGGUGUCGUGAAGAGAGGAGAGUGGCUCACACCUGCUGGGAAGGUGCUGAACGUAGCUGUGAAGUGUCUGAAGACAGAUGUCCUCAGUCAGCCCGACGCUCUGGAGGAUUUCAUCUGUGAGGUCAACGCCAUGCACUCCCUGGACCACCAGAACCUCAUUCGCCUCUACGGUGUGGUGCUCACACACCCAAUGAAGAUGGUGACUGAAUUGGCUCCUCUGGGUUCUCUGCUGGAGCGUUUGCGAUGUGUUCGUCCACAGGGUCCAGUGUUGAUCCACACUCUGUGUCAGUACGCUGUGCAGGUGGCCUGUGGGAUGGCUUAUCUGGAGCAGAGGAGGUUCAUCCACAGGGACCUAGCAGCCAGGAACAUCCUGCUGGCUUCAGCUCACAGAGUGAAAAUCGGCGACUUUGGCCUGAUGAGGGCGCUGCCUAACAACCAUGAGCACUAUGUCAUGCAGGAGCAUCGCAAGGUCCCGUUUGCAUGGUGCGCCCCAGAGAGUCUGAAGACGAGAACAUUCUCCCAUGCUACAGACACAUGGAUGUUUGGAGUCACUCUCUGGGAGAUGUUUACACAUGGCCAGGAGCCUUGGCUGGGACUUAAUGGUAGUCAGAUUCUCCAUAAGAUUGAUAAAGAAGGUGAACGCCUCCCUAAGCCAGAGGACUGUCCGCAGGAUAUCUAUAAUGUCAUGCUGCAGUGUUGGGCUCAGAAACCAGACGACAGACCAACUUUUGUCGCUCUGCGUGAGUUCCUGCUCGAGACGAUGCCCACAGACAUGUGCGCUCUACAGGACUUUGAUGAACCUGACAAGCUGCUGAUCCAGAUUAAUGAUGUCAUCACCAUCAUAGAGGGGAGGGCAGAGAAUUACUGGUGGCGAGGUCAAAACAAGCGAACCCUUAAGGUCGGACAGUUCCCCAGGAACGUGGUGACGUCAGUAGCGGGUCUGUCAGCACACGACAUCAGCCGGCCGCUGAAGAACAGCUUCAUCCACACAGGACAUGGAGACAGCAACCCUCAUCGCUGCUGGGGCUUCCCUGACAGGAUUGACGAUUUGUACCUUGGCAAUCCCAUGGAUCCUCCUGAUGUUCUGGGUGUAGACCUCGGUACUGCUCGGCCCACACAGCUACCAGGACGAUCUAAAAAGGAACCUCCUCCCCGUCCUCCUCAACCAGCAGUUUUAAUCAAGAGUAAGUUUGGUUUCUCUCAGCAGCUCCUCACCCAUUGCUCCUGCCCUCUCUGUUCCCUCCUAGCUCCACUUCUCCAAGAACCUUGCUAUGAUCCAGUAAACGAGGAAGAGGAUCUGACCUCUACAGGACUAAAGAGAUUAUCUUUGCGGAAAACAGGCUCUGUCAAAGGCCUCAAGCUUAAACCGGCUGCGUGGGUCUCUGCGUCCAAACAGGGGAGCAACAGGACUUCAGGCCACAAUCCCAACAGUGAAGUUUCCCUCAUUGACUUUGGGGAGGAGUUCCCCCCAUCCACACCUACCCCCUCCCCUGUGGUUGAAAUUCAGAUUCCUUCAUUGGCCAGACUAGCUUUGGAAGCAGAGAACAUCCUGGACAGAACUCCACCUCAAAGCCCAUCUAGAUCACUGCCCCGCCCCCUUCACCCAACACCUGUAGUGGACUGGGAUGCAAGGCCGUUACCUCCACCUCCAGCCUACGACGACGUAGCCCAAGAUGAAGAUGAUAUGGAGGUGAGCUCCAUCAACAGCUCGGAGCAGCAGCAUGAGGAGGAGCCUAACGAUGUCCAAUAUUCAGAAGAAGCUCCCUUCUCUGGGCAGAAGAUAGAGAGUCCAGACAGACCAGGUCUCGAGGACAACCUCUUUCUUCCCAGUAAGCAGAGCCGGGGUCUGUCCUCCUCUUUCUCCCAGUCUGCAGAGAUCUUUCAAGAACUCCAGCAGGAGUGCAUGAGGAGGCUCAAUGUACCGACCGGAAGCGCUCAUCGGUCGUGUUCGCCCUCCCACAGCUCAACUUCAUGUCCCCAGAAUCCUCAGAACCCCCAGACCUUUGAGGGACAACAGCAGAGUGUCCUCUCCUCCAAUGAGGACAAACCCCAGAUCCCACCUCGUGUCCCCAUCCCCCCUCGUCCCAUAAAAAGAGGCGACUACACAUCUGCUCGCUGGUCAAGGGACCUCUCUCUUUCUCCAAUGCCAGCUGACACCACAGAGGAUGUUUCAGGCUCAAGCCAGGACCAACCACCUCAGAUCCCCCCCAGAGACCCUUUGUCUCAGCCAGGCUCCAGAACUCCGAGCCCCAUGGGUCUGGUCGUGGGCUCCCCCCAGCAGAGGCUCUACUCUGUCAGCCCCGCUGCCCUCACAUCCUGCCCCCCAACACACACCUACAGCUCCUACCUCUCCACCUCUCCAGGUAAACUCAUGCCUACUACACACAGCUUUGCCUCAGAUCCUAAAUAUGCUGCACCCAAAGUGAUCCAGGCGCAGGGGAAGGACGCUGCCAACAAGGGCCCCUGUAUCCUGCCUAUCGUCCGUGACGGGCGUAAGGUCAGUAACACCCACUAUUACCUCCUGCCAGAGAGGCCGCCGUACCUUGAUCGAUUCGACCGCUUUUUCAGGGAGGCAGAGAGCCUUCCUGCUGGCGACGUGGAGGACAGGCAUGCACGGCAAGCUAACACUGCCACCGUCCGACCCAUGGUAGUCAGCAAUCAGACAGUCCAGGGUCACGUCCAGGGACAGGGGUUGGUCCAGCCGGGCGAGCUAAAGGCUAAUUUCUCCUCCAAUAACAACAGCACUCUGAGUGGACAGCGGUCAGGGAUGAAGACAUCAGUUAGUCUCCCUCGUGUGUGUUCAGAUGGACUGGCAGCACCGGUGGGCACUGCUUCCUGUACCAGGACAGACGGAGGAGGGAACUUAGCUGACAGGGUCAAAAUGGUGCAGGAGGCAGUUCACGGUGUGACAAUAGAGGAGUGCCAAGCCGCCCUCCAGAACCACAACUGGAAUGUCCAGAAAGCUGUACAUUAUCUAAAGGUGGAGCAGUUGUUCUGUUUGGGUCUGAGGAGCAGGUUGGAGUGUCUAAAGCUGCUGGAGAUGUGUGACUGGAACCUGGAGGUGGCCAGCACUCAGAUGUUAGAUAACUAUGGAUCCACAACAAGACAGAGACGGUGACAGAAAUCUGAAGCUGCUGAGCUCUGAUUGGAACUUCGUCCUCAGUGAAACAUCAUCAGAGGAGGUGAAUCUUCUCCUGACUCUUUCUGUUCGAUGCUUCAGUCACGUCUCCAAUUAGAAGACUGUAAUUCAAGAAUCAAGCACAAAAUAUUCGCGAUGGCUCCAUUUGUACUGACCGUACCAUGAGUGAAAAAAGACUUGUGUCUGAAAGUUUUGUGAUUGUUGCACUUGCUGAGAAAUUGUCUACCACCAUCCACCAUCAAUCAAAGGUUUUUUUAAAGGGCAAAAAUGACUGCACUUAUAUGUUCAGGGCCAGUGGGUGAGCCUGAAACGCGUCACCCUGACGGACCCCCACAGCGUAACAGAUUCUGGGUGCUGCUACUAAACUCGGAUGUCAGAUCCUCUCACUGCCACAAUUACACUGUUGACCAACUGCAGUGAGCUUUUCUUUAGCAAAGCCAGUUUGAAAGUGAACCUGAAGAGGCCAAAAUGAGAUGAUGAGCACAAUAUAAACAGUAGCACUUUCUGAAAAGAUCAACACUCUGCCAAGAAGUCAUUGUAUUGACAAAAAAAAAAACACAUUUUACUGAACUCUCAGCACUGAACCUAUAUAAUGUCCAUACAGUUCAUUAAAGGUCAACCUCCUGUGUUAGCGUCACUUCCAAGUACAUUUUGUGAAGACCAAUUUUAAAAAUCAAAGUACCUCUGACAUGUCUGAGCACAAUAGAGUGCAAAAUUUAAUUGGCUGUCAAGGCUAAUAUUGCACAGGGGAUAAUUUUGCCUGUUAACUGUUAUUAAGAGGGGUGGAGACAUGAUUGUGAAGCUUGUCUGCUGCUGAAAGCCUGUGGAGGAAAGUGCAGAAAGAAUACCACUGCAAAAGAGACUGAUUGAUAUUUGUCUAUAAUUUUUUUUUUUUUUUUUUAAAUCAGCCCUCAAUAAAAUUAUGGUAUGAAGAGGGAAGUUGGUCACAAUGCAGUCAGUGCUCAGUAUUUAGGACAAUUAAUGGAAAUACAGACUGGAGAAGUAGUUCUUCUUUUAAAGACCUACGAAAAUGUCUAAUUUAUAUUCUAAGGGUAUAAACAAAAUACUCCUUAUAAAGAGGCAUGUAUGUUUUUGUGGCAACUGUUUCAAGUAUUAGUAUAUUGUUUAAACAUAUUCUGAAGAUUAUCCUCAGAGACAGAGAAGACUGUUAUGUCCAUUUUGAGUCAUAACAUUUUUCGAAUUAGAUUUUUACCAUCUGUCCCUUAAAGGUGGAGUAAGCGAUUCUAAGUCAAUGCAUUUCUUUAGCUGUUUUAACCUGUAAUUCACUUCUUCCAAAUUGAAAAGAACAUUUUAGAUAUCAACAUCAUCAUUCUUGUAGAACAAAUGUCACUUUCACGAUCCAUGUUUAUGUUGUUUCUCAUUACAGAUCUCCACAGUUCAGAUGCAGAUUUCCACAAUGUGAAUUGCGUAUAUUUGUACCUGAAUUAUGAUCAGUUGUACUUUCAGUCUAAUUCUACUUCAAGAUAUCUUUUCCUCAAUUCAAGGUAAUUGUUUAGAUAUAUAAAUUAGGUUUCAACGAUGAAUGAUGUCGAUAUCUCUAAGUGGAAUUCUGCCUUAUAAUUACAGAUACCUUGAAUUGGAAUUUUAGCUUGGGCAAAUGACGUUGCAGAUAUCGAUAGUUACAUCAAAAGCUAGCUUGUAGCCUGAGGCCAAGAUUGUAAAUUUUUACCUCAAAUUUCUUCUAUUUCACACCAUUUUCGAAUGAUCUUAACCGCAGCAGGCACCAUCACUUCCUCUAACACCGUUAAAGAGCUUUGUUGGACCAAUAUCCAAAGGAAAGCUGCGUUUAUAAACAUCUGUAGUUAAAAUUCUGCCUAACUGUGUAAUUAAAACUAGUCAAAAUGAUAUUCAUAUCUGUAAUUUUAAUUCUAGAUAGUCAGACUUAGCUGUUAAAUGCUAAAUGUUAAGACUGCUCGUAAUAGGCAGCAGUUGCUAACCAACUUAAACAUGUUAACUAGGUAAAUAUCAACGGAAUUGCAGACUCCACCUUUAAAUACUAAUUCACAAGAGAAAAAAAAGGGCCACCCAGUCAGUGGAAACUUCCUACACCCCAGAUGUAGUCUUUCCUUAUUUCCUCCCUCUAAGCACUUUGCCUACGCAGAAACUCCUUUGCAUCAGCUGAAAACUGCUGCCAGCGUGGUGUUUUCUGCAAACACCCAGACUACGUUGGCAGCUAAUAACAGCGGCGUAGUGAAAUUCACCCCAAGGCGCAGAUCCUGUCCCAUAAUCAUCACUGGAAAGCACCACUGUGAUAUUUGGGUCAGCAGCUUUGGGGGCAAUAAUUUAAAAGUGGGAGGACACGUCGGCUCUGAAUGAACUCACUGCUGGACGUGACAAUACAUUUUCUGACUAUACUGUCACAGUAGAGCCAGUCAGCACAGAGAAGAUUUUGGGCCUGUCCUGGUUUUUUUAUUCCACAUAGUGAAGGACUGAAAGGAAGGGGAACAAAAGGCGCUCCGCAUACUUUGAAUUUCAAAAUUCACUUUUAUGCGGGAAACCAAAUGUCGGAAACAAUCCUUUACAGAUACCCAUGAUCUGAGUGGGGCUUCUUUGUGUAGAAAAAAGAAACCCUAUUUGCCAACCAAGAAAGGUACCCAUAUUUAUGUGUCUGACCACAUGUGUGCCCUCUAACCUUCCCUACAUAUGCCCAUGAAACGCCUUAGUAUGUGACAUGUCCGAGUACGAAAUUUUCAGGCAGAAACGGCCUCUUAAAAAAAAAAAAAAAGCUACUACAAAGCCACAACAAACCUGGGCAAUUUAAGAGGCUAAAUACAAGGUUUGGUUUAUUCAUAACGGAUGUACAGGACUGAUUUUGAGAGACACCUGUGUGCAAUACGGCUGCUGUAAAAUCUGUAGCCUCCCGGCCAGAUUCCACCGUUAAGGAUCUCUCCCAAUACUUCAGAAGACACUGUUUUCAGUCUAAAAUGUUUUGUGACUCAGUUUUCCUCCCCAGAGUGCGAUAAAGCCGUCCUUAAGCACUGAUUCAGGUGAAGCAGAUUGUGAAUCCAGUGCAUGAGGACGCCUGGAUGUGAGAUCUGCCUCCACAGUGUUGUUCGUCUUUGUACCAAGCUGCUGUAGUUGUUAUUAGAAGGACUGAAGUGAACCUCGUGGUGUUUUGAUCAACCCAAAGCGACGUCGUCCUGUUGUGGUGUUGAAACUCUGAUGUUAGAAAACUCUUCGGUUCUGUUUUGUUUGUUCCAUCUGUUUCUUUUCAGCUAUUUUACAGUCAGUUAAAUGUUUUUUGCUGUUCCUCCUGCCAUUUCUUCCUCAUUUUUUAUGUAUUUGCUUCCCAGAAUGUGUUUGGUUAUAAAUGCCUACUGUACAGUUGGUUUUCAUUGUUUCUCUCCUCCUGGGCUGAUGGAAAUGAAGUUCAUGCUGCCGAAUUUAUAAAUGUAUUUUUUAUUAAAGAAUUAAUUAUUUUUUAA